AUGUCUAGCAGCCUAGCCUCAUGCUGUCACGUAACACCCCUCCCGGAGGUGGUACGACAUCAAUUUACAUACACUGAGAUCACAGGACUUGCACAUUACCUUCACGCCUCCAUGAAUCCGUCAUGUCAGUUCCGUGAAUGGAGCGCACACGACCUCCAAAAGUUGAUCCGAGUACAGGGGACUAUUGAAGAUGUUGAUGGAGAAUGCUCCCUGAAGAUUUCCGGACAACGACAGAAGGGUUGUAGAAUUGUUGCACACUAUCGUUUGCCCCUUCAAGCGCUGAACAAGAAAUGUGGUGUUUACAGGAAAAUAGUCACCCACUUGACAGGGUUGCCCGGUUUGGAUGCCGCAGACAUGCUGAAUACAUAUGCAUCGGUCAUGGAAUAUAUGAACAAUGUGCGGAUCGCAUUCCUAAAGGAUGCUAGUCGGUCAGAAGAUGCUCUGCAUGGCGACUUCCAAUCUCCGGCGCUUGAUUAUUACCUUUGGUUGGAUCACACACAGCAUGGCUUCCACGCUGAGUAUCGCGAUGCUCUAGAAAGAGAUCACAAUGUAACAUUUGAAGCCAUACAAAAUGGGAGGUGUGCUGACAUACUCCUCUUUGUUGAUUGGCGUGUCUAUCACAAACAGCAAUGCAAGGACCACGAUGUUUGUGGGGCAAUACAGGGUUGCGGUCCAGGCGAGGACAUCGAACAUCUGCUAAGAUUAGUAGAAGCCUCCAUGAAUGAUAUCGACCAGGCCCAUGAUCCAGGGAGUAAUCCAGAAUGUAUGGAAGAGCCGGGGACUGAAACAGGUGUCAUUGAAGCGCCAUCCAAUAGAUUCCCACCGUUCCCCCUACCUUUCGAUCUAAAUUGCCGGCAGAUCGCUCUUAAGGCACUGGGAGGAUCUGGCCGCCAACUGCUGAUUCGUGGGUUUGGACGAUGGUUGCCUAGCCAUAUUGCGAUGCGAAUGAGAGAAAUCCAAGGACUUGACCACAACGACUCGUUGGAGAAUCUCCUGGAGAAUGGAUUGCUCAUGACCGCAAGGACUAAGGAGGAAUUCUUUGAGGUCUUCGGCAUGGUGGAGAUGAUGACAAAGUGCCAAAGCAUAUCGAUUGACCGUGGCGAGAUGGCGAAAUUUUUCUCCGGUGUUGGACAUUAUCUUUACAUGUCCCGCCAGGGCUCAGAAUGUUCGCUGGAAUAUGGCCUGGACAUUGGCCUAUCGAUUGAACACCAGUCACAUCUCGAUUUAUCCAAAAUCUCUCGGCCAUCCAUUCACUCGCUAGGCCUUAUCUCAGAUUCCGGGGCGCCGAUGAACGUCGAUACGCAGGAGCAAUCACGAACUGUUACAUCACCGCUUCUUCAGCGUGGUUCUGCAUUGCCAGUCCCUGAGGAAUACACGUCGCUGGUAUAUGGAUCUGUAAACCGGGCCUUGGCGCAUAUUGGAGUCCAAACGGACUUCGACAUUCAUGAUCAACGAAUUUUCGGUGACUACACGGAUCGCUUGUCCAACGCUGAACGCCACGCCAACAUCGGGAUCCAAGCCGUUUGCGAUGUUGCUCAGAUAGAGACUGGAGAUGUUCCAUCUUCAGUGCAACCAACCGAUGACACUGUGUUGACUGACUUCAUGACUCUGAACGGUGGAGACAAUCCAGGCAUUGAUACUCCUGGCUGCCACCGACACGCUGAUGUAGCCAUGUUGGACUGGAAAUGCGAUCCUACAAUUCCUGUCAUGGUUCAGGCGGAUAUCGAUUUCAUGGAGUAUUCACAGCAAUCACACAUUAAUGUUUCAGAUGGCACAACACAUGCUGUCGACACCGCGGCCGAUCGGCCAUAUGACUCGGGUUCCCUGCAGUCAACCGAUGACCUGGUAUUUACUGGAUUCAGCGAUCCGGACGAUGCUCAAGACAUCCCAACGGAGACCUAUGAUGCUUCCCUGCAGUCAACCGAUGACCUGGUGUUUACUGGAUUCAGCGAUCCGGACAACGCUCAAGACGUGCCAACGGAUACGCAUUAUGGUAACUGCAUAUCGAAGCUGGAAUGCAAGCCUUCAAUGAUCACGCCCAAUGAGCACUGCAAUAUUAUGGAUUUCGCUGGAUGUUUGAUAUCAUCACGCACCAACAACAGUUAUUCCAGUGGCAUAUCGGCCAUGGUGACGUUUGACGGUUCCGACCCAUGUAGCCAACCAUCGACAUCGAUGUCGGAGGGCGCUCUUGUCAAUAAAGAGCCCAGUAUUUACAUUGAAGCUCGUUCUCAGGAGAGUAUCGAUGUAGCUACUUCUCCUCCACUGAAGUCAAGAUUACGUGACCGCAUGAAGCAGAAGCCCACUGGAAAGAUGCCCGUCACGAGGCAUCCGACAUUGCAACCUACACGACCUGUGCUAUUUGCCGCCAAACGGAACACCAUUAGGCAGAAGGUUAAGCCAACAAAUCGGAAGUCGAACAAGAACAAAUACACUCUACAAGAUCUCGUGGACGAAACACUGGCACAGUUGAAUGACACACCUUCAACACCUUGUCGCGUUCAUUCAUAUGACGAUAUAGAUUGA